CCGCGCUGCUCGCCCGGGGCCGGCAGCGGAGUGCCGAGAGGGCCGCGGUAGCGAAGCCGUGCGUGCGGGCCCCGUCGGCCUGCAGCAGGUGGCUGCAGCCUGUAGCGUUUCGGAGGUGACGGCGACGCGCCUGUUUGCCCGUUGCGUUUCUCGAGAUCGGUGCCGAUAGCGUGUUUUCUGGUUCGAUGUGUUUUCCGUGCUCGGGAGAGGGAACUUUCUCGUGUGCUGAAAUUCGGUGGCUUUGAUACUUUGAUGCAAAUGUUACAUUACAGGUGUAUAUGGAUAAAGUCCUGUAUUGGAGCUGUAUUUAUGAAUUUAAGAAGAACUCGGAAAUGGAAAAAUAAAUGAAGAAAAGUUUAUUCGGUUGACAGAUCAGGAAAUUAAUUAUCCUCCUGUGAAAUGUGAAUGACUAAUGAACUUUCUGGUUUGGAGCAGUUGAGCAGUUAACUCAUGCAAACGUUACUCACUUGCAAAGAUGUGUGGAAGAAAAGCACCAGAGCUUAAUUGUUUUCUAUUCAGUGAAUAAUACCUAAAGACAAUGAUUUGCAAGGAACAAAUAGUUCAGGAUCAUUGGGUGGUCUCGAUGUUCGUAGAAGAAUCCCUAUAAAGCUUAUCUCAAAACAGACCAAUAAAACCAAACCUGCACCUCGAACUCCAAGAAAUAUGAACAGGAUGCCUUCAAAGACACAAACUGGUGAUGAAGAAGAAUUUGAUUAUAACAAAGAGGAGCGGUACGAAUGCAAAGGAGGUGAAAUGUUUGGCAAUCAAAGGAGAUUCCCUGGACCCAUCUUUUGGGACUAUAAGAUAAACUUGCUGGGAGAGAAGGAUGAUACACCCGUUCACUUCUGUGAUAAGUGCGGACUGCCCAUCAAAAUGUAUGGACGCAUGAUCCCUUGCAAGCAUGUUUUCUGCUAUGACUGUGCUAUACUACAUGAAAAAAAGGGAGACAAGAUGUGUCCAGGCUGUAACGAGCCUGUGCAGCGCAUCGAGCAGUGCGUCCGAGGGUCUCUCUUCAUGUGUAGCAUUGUGCAAGGGUGCAAGAGAACUUACCUGUCCCAGAGGGACUUACAAGCUCACAUCAACCACCGCCACAUGAGAGCCGGAAAGCCCAUUACUCGCCCUCCAAUCGAACCUGUACAUCCUCCUAUUGCCCCACCGCCCGCCGAAAUCCCUGAGCGUUUCAUAAUGCCCCCUGAGAAACACCACAUGAGCCACAUUCCACCAAAGCAGCACAUCAUGAUGCCCCCGCCUCCUCUGCAGCACGUACCCCACGAGCACUACAACCAGCCGCACGAGGACAUCCGCGCGCCGCCGGCAGAGAUGGCCAUGGCCCCGCCGCCUCCGCGGCCCGUCGCCCAGGACACCUUCCGCAUUUCAACCCGGAAACACAGCAACUUGAUAACUGUCCCUAUUCAGGAUGAUUCGAGUUCGGGUGCUCGAGAACCACCCCCACCGGCCCCCGCGCCUGCUCACCAUCAUCCCGAAUACCAGGGGCAACCGGUGGUAUCGCACCCUCAUCAUAUUAUGCCUCCGCAGCAACAUUAUGCACCGCCCCCCCCACCACCUCCACCAAUAAGCCAUCCGCUGCAGCAUCCUCCCCAGGCAGCAGGUACUCCUCACAUGGUGUAUAGCCAAGCUCCUCCACCACCAAUGACCUCUGCUCCUCCUCCAAUAACCCCACCACCUGGACAUAUCAUUGCCCAGAUGCCACCAUAUAUGAAUCAUCCUCCUCCGGGACCUCCCCCUCCUCAGCAUGGAGGUCCCCCUGUAAAUGUCAGUGCGCCCCCUCCCCAUCACUAUAAUCCUAACUCUUUGCCACAGUUCAGUGAAGAUCAAGGAACUCUCAGUCCCCCUUUCACACAGCCCGGGGGAAUGAGUCCAGGGAUCUGGCCAGCUCCGAGGGGCCCGCCUCCACCUCCGAGGAUGCAGGGGCCUCCUGCUCAGGCCCCCCUUCCCGGACCACACCACCCUGAUCAAGCCAGAUACAGACCCUAUUACCAAUGAUACGAGCAGUCCUAUGACUAGAGUGUGCUAUCAAGAGGAUAAACCUGUAUACAAGAGCCUUUUAAUUGUUUGGGGCUUAUUUUGUUGUGGGUUGGGUUUUUUUUUAAGUACUAUCAUUUUGACUGUAAGACCCUGGGGGGAUUGAAUCUUAAAUGAUUUUUAAGCCUUGGCCGUAGGACUCUUGACUGCAAAUAUUCUGUAGCGCUAAAAUAAGUGGCUUAGUAGACCACGGUUGCAUUUUAACAGAACUUCUGUCUCUAGUGUGGCUAAAUUGUCCUAAGAUGAACACUUGUAAUAUUAUUUCCUGGAGAAAAUGAACACGUGUUGUACCAUUCUGAAUAUUGUUUUUGUUAAAUCCAGUGUUUAGUUUUACUUGUGAUACCUUUUUGUUAACCUGUGUACAAUAAUUAAAUUGAAACAUGGUUGUAAAA